UUCAUAAUGUUACAAUUCAAAAUGUUUUGUAUUUACAAAUUUUUUUAAGGCAAAAUAAAUGAUAUGUUCCUACUCUUACACAACCUGUUCUUUGUUGAAUCUUUUUUUGUUGAAUCUUUUUUUCCCUCAGUUUUCCACUGCGUGACCAUUCAUCAAGUGUGUUUGUUGUAUUUAAUUUCACUGUUGUGAAUGCUCAAUGUGAGGGCUAUCAAUUGGCCUUGUGUUGUCACAUUAUUAUUACUAUUAUUAUUAUUAUUCUUCUUCUUCUUAUUAUUAUAAGCAGUUUUAUAAGGUUAAUAACUGGAAACACUGAACAACAUAAGGUGACAACUUUGAACUCACUUCAAAAUCAGUAUGUGCUUACACAAGCUACUUCCCUUUAACUCCUCCUACUUCCUGAUUAUGAUUGUUUAGCAUGUGAACAAGCAUACCACAGUCAAUAAACUGCAUAGUCUAAAAAUAAGGUUUGGUCCUUUCCGUUUUGAAUGACACACUUUAUCAACGAGGACCGUGUUUAUCUAUUGUUGGAAUAUUGUAUACAGUGUAUAAGAUUUUUGAAUAAUCUAAAACAAUAUUCAGUGCUAGAUAACGGCUUGUUACAAUAUUCACCAAAGAAUGAACCAUGUAUCAUUGACAUUUUCUUGUCAUUGAAGUUUACUUUUGAAAAAAAAUCAAGACAGCGAAGCCCUCCAAACAAUAAAUCAGGGCCACUGAGAGCCUGGGGAAGGAUUGGUAUGUCCCGCUGCUGCCCCACAAUUUACAGUAUUCAAACUUUAUUUUUUAGAAUACAGUUGUAUGAAGACAUGACUGAGAAGAGGAUGCUGUCUAAGCUGUACUGUAAAGGAAUUACAUUGAGCUUGAUCAUUUGGAGUUGUUUAUUUGUGGCAGAUUCAGACGUUCUAAAACAGGAACCUAUCUCUGUUAUUGCUGAUGUGGGAACCAUAGUAACUCUUCGGUGUAAAAAUGAAUCACUGAGAGAAACAACUCAAGCAACCUGGAUAAAAGAGACUCAGAGUAAACCUGAGAUUAUCCUGAGUUAUAAAAAAACAGGGAACGAAACGUAUCGACCUAAUAACACACAGCAAAGAAUAUCACUUCUCCACAUUCCAGAGAACCUCUUCAGUUUAAGGAUUUCUGAAUUGCAACACUCUGAUGCUGGGAACUAUACCUGCUUAACAACAACAAGUAACGGAGUUUGGAAAAGGCAUUGGGAGCUCGUUACAAAAGAUCCUGUGACACAACCAGUUAACAUUGUCAUCAUCAUCUCCAUUGUGUUUGCUUCCACUGCAGUAAUCCUUUGUGGGAUCCUGACUUGUAUAUGCAAAAAACAGCUACUAUGUCUGAAAACUGAAAACAAAAGGAAGACGGAAAACAGACCGCUGCAGACUGGUUCCCAGAGUGAUUACUACGUCAAUAGCCUUACACUGAAAUCAAACAACUCACAACAACAAAAAAUGUACUUACAUAGGUCAAGGAAAUAAAUAUUAUUCUUUUUGUCUUCUCAGUUUUAAACCCCAACCCCCACCCAAAAAUAAAUAUAUUAAAAUUAUUAAAUAUUUUAAAACAAAUUCAAUAACAAAAAAUAUGUACAGCAUUGUCAUUUCUUUGCAAAGACCUUGAACCCAAGUUUUUACAAAGGAAGAUAUGGAUAACAUGCCCCACAUGUUGACCUGUUCCUAUCUAGUUUUAAAUAACUUUAGUAUAAAAGAGGCAGAAGUGUUAAAAGGGACUAGGAGCUCUUAAAAUAAACCAAUCCCCUGGGCCGGAUGAGAUCCUCCCAAUAGUACUCAAAGAAAUGAAAGAAGUUACUUUCAAACUGCCAACUAAGAUUAUGCAACAGUCUCUUGAGACAGGGGUUGUACCAACAGACUGGAUAGUUGCAAACAUAAUACCGAUCCACAAAAAGGGAGACAAAACCGAACCAGGUAACUACAGACGAAUUAGCCUGACUUCUAUGUAAACUAUAAUAAGAUAACUAUAAUAAUACACAUCGAUUAGGGAGUGGUUAAUAUGUAGAAAACAGAAAGUACCCAUUAGAGGAGAAACCUCAAACUGGAGCGAGGUAACCAGUGGAGCACCACAGGGAUCAGUAUUCCUCUGCUCUUCCUAAUCUACAUUAAUGACCUAGAUUCUGGUAUAGUAAGCAAACUUGUUAAAUUUGCAGACGACACAAAAAUAGGAGGAGUGGCAAACAACGUUGCAGCAGCAAAGGUCAUUCAAAAUGAUUUAGACAGCAUUUAGAACUGGGCAGACACAUGGCAAAUAACAUGCAAGGUAGUGCACGCAGGCAAUAAAAAUGUGCAUUAUAAAUAUCAUAUGGGAGACUCUGAAAUUGAAGAAAGAAUCUCUGAAAAAGAUCUAGUUUAUGUUGACUCAGACAUGUCUUCAUCUACAUGUGGGGAAGCGAUAAAAAAAAAAAAAAAAGGCCAAGAAAAUUCUCGGAUAUACAGUAAAAAGUGUAGAAUUUAAAUCAAGGGAAGUAAUGCUAAAACUUUACAGUGCAUUACAAUGCAAAGACCUCAUAUAGAAUAUUGUGUUCAGUUCUGGUCACCUCGCUACAAAAAGGACAUUGCUGCUCUAGAAAGAGUGCAAAGAGCGAGCAGAAUUAUCCCGGGUUUAAAAGGCAUGUCGUAUGCAGAUAGGCUAAUAGAAUUGAAUCUAUUCAGUCUUGAACAAAGAAGACUACGUGGCAAUCUGAUUCAAUCAUUCAAUAUUCUAAAAGGUAUUGACAAUGUCGACCUAGGGGACUUUUUCAACCUGAAAAAGGAAACAAGGACCAGAGGUCACAAAUGGAGAUUAGAUAAAGGGGCAUUCAAAACAGAAAAUAGGAGGCCCUUUUUUACCCAGAGAAUUGUGGGAGUCUGGAACCAACUCCCCAGUAAUGUUGUUGAAGCUGACACCAUGGGAUACUUCAAGAAGCUGCUUGAUGAGAUUCUGGGAUCAAUAAGCUACUAACAACCAAGCAAGCAAGAAAGAUGGGCCGAACAGCCUCCUCUAGUUUAUAACCUUUUUCAAUUAACCCUGACAUUGCCAUUUUAAAUUUAGAGAAAUAACGGCCAAGCUCCUUUACACACACACACACACACACACACAAACACAAACAAAAAAAAAAACACUGAAUCAGUUAAUAUGUCAAUAUAGUUCCAUUUAAUUUCCACAGGUUGUCAUGACCACACAAAACAGAUGCUUCCAUAAAUGUUCUUGUUAAACAUUAGCCAAUUAUUGACUGCACUCUGAUUCUGAACUAAUGUACCGCUGGGAAUAAUUGAUUUUGUCUCAUGUUAUAAUCUAUAAGAUAUCCCUUGUGAUCUACAAAUAGCAGCCAUCUGUAUCCUGUUUGCUGUUCCACCCCCAAAGAAAGUACUGUAAACAUUAACAAAAACAGAUGGGUUGACGUGCCAUUGACCGCAUGCUUAUCAAAAAUUAAUGUGUUACCGCUAGCUAUUCCAAUUGUCCUUCUCCUUUUUGAAUGCACCCACAUGCAGUACUAAAUGUAAAAUGAUU